UUGUCAAAAAAAAAUCAGAAUUUGAUGAAAAGUUUUGUCGUCUUCGCUGGCUUUGCAUGUAAUUCAUACCCAUUUCCUCUCUGGAUCCUAAAAAGGCAGCGUUCUACCGACUCCCCACCGUUGGGCCACUUUGGGAGUUUGGGUGCAGCGGAUAAGAUAAAAGCGUCAAUUUUCAUGCUUUCAAGUGUGUUUCGCUUUACACACUACAGGAUUGCGAGAAAUGGAGAGUUUGUCGUGUAUGUUGAAACUAGCAGCUCCUACGAGGCUUUGGUUCCAAUUGGAUUUGGUACAGAGGAAAUGCAAGCUUUUACAUUGGUUGAUGUUCUGAGCCAAGCUGGGGCGGAGGUGACGGUGGCUUCAGUGGAACCGCAGCUUGAGAUUCAAGCAUCGGGAGGCACUAGAUUGGUUGUUGAUACCACAAUCUCCAGAUGUUCUAAUCAAGUUUUUGAUCUCGUGACAUUGCCAGUUAGUUGUUCAAACCUUUGAUUUCAUGUUUACUUAAAGGGAGGAAUGCCUAGAUCGGCAUGAUUAAGAGAUUGUGAAAUUCUUAAGAAGAUUACAAGCAAACAAGCUGAGGAAAAAAGGCCGUAUGGAGGUAUAUCUACUGCUCCAUCAAUCACACUUCUCCCUUGGGGACUGUUGAGGAGGAAGUGGGUGAGUACUGGUUUAUAUUAAAAUCUGUGUUUGGUGCAUAUCAUUGUAUUUUUUAUUGCUAGGUUUGAUGUAGUUUGUCAUGCAAGACAACUUGCCACCCUGCAUUCUAGGACCAGCUUCCAAUCUUCUGGGCUGUCAAAUCAAAUAUUCUAGUUUCAGGAGAGCUUACAACAAGCCAAGGCCCCGGAACUUCUUUUUUGUUUUUUUCUGGCCUUAGUAGAACAGCUUUUGGGAGAGUCUGUGGCCAUAGAGAUUGGAGAAUUAUUGGUAAAUCCUUUUACUCUGUUGUUUUCAUAAGUCUCGCUAUGGUACUUCACCCUUUAUUGUUUGAUCCACUUAUCCACCAUGAUAGACAUUCACAUUCGUUCAUACUCAUGGGAGGAUGUGGGCUUUAUGUAUUUUGCUUUCUUUUUGAGCUCCUAACAAGACUCCGUCUGCAAUGAGUUCUCAACUCCAAACCAUUUUUCCCCCAACGAAGGACAAUAGCAUGCAUUUCACUCUGUACGAUUACUUUUUUCCAGUUCAUGCAUUCUGCUGACGAUAAACCGAGAAAGGAAGAGUUCAACAAAGUUGACUGGGCUGUUGGUCACACUCCUCACGUGAGUUAUUACUACUAGCUUCAGUUGAAUACUUACUAUGUUGGUACUCUGGCUUUGCUCGUGACAACGGGCAAGUACUUGUGUAUCUUUAUUACAAGUUCAUACGGUACAUUUGUUUUAGCCAUAUGUUUCGUCCCCCACAUACCUUUGUCAAAAUGUUUUUAGCAGGUUCUAGUUCCUGUUGUAAAUGGUUCAGAGGAGACUGAAGUAGUUACUGUCAUAGACAUUCUACGCCGAGCAAAGGUGGAUGUUGUGGUUGCUUCAGUUGAAAAAUCAGUUAAGGUUUUGGCAUCUCAGGGUGUAAAAAUCAUUGCUGACAAGUUAAUUGGUGAUGCGGCAGGGUCAAUAUAUGAUUUAAUCAUUCUUCCCGUGAGAUAAACAACUGCUCUUUUAAUACAAAUAGUGUUGGACGCAUUGUCCCAAUAUAAAAUUGGGAUUAAGGACUUCUCAUAUUUUAUUUAGUAUCCUUUUACAUAUACUUACAUGUACUAACAUUCCGUAUGUCAAUCUACAUGAGACUAACACUGUUAAAUGAGGAUGAUGACAUGGCUGUCAACCAAUCAAAUAAUGACACUUGGCAUAAUAAUUGUGCUGCAUCAUCCAUAGAAAUUGUUUUAAUUUGCACAUGUGGAUGCCGAAGUGUCAUAAUUUUUAAAAAUAUGAAAAAAAUUCAAAAUAAAAUUUUUAUUU